AAGUUCUCAGUCUUUCCCUCAUUCGAACCCCCUUCUCCACAGUGUCCAGACGGUGCUGUUAGCUUAGCCAGGUUUUGGGUAGCAGACUCUGGUGGUGGGACAGAGCCAGCAGUGUCCUUGUGUCCUACGAUUUUCGUAGCCAGACCCUGGGAAUCCAGAGUCGCAAAAUAAACACCGGCGCUAAUCGCCAGCUCUCAACAAAACAGCGCUUCGCUAGGGGAUCUGGGCAAAACCAGCCCUCCCUCCUCCUCCUCCUCCUCUUCCUCCUCCUCCUUCGCAGUCGCCCUCCCUCCCUUUCUCGCGCUGCUCGGCUCAUUUGGUUCAGCUCAACGCAGCGCAGCUCGCAGCAGCCAAGCCGAGGCUGCACCGUCUCCGAGUCUCCAGUGUCGGCUCCGAGCUCCCGCUCUCUGCCAGAGCUGCACCAGGUCUUGCCUCCGCGAGGACAGGUCUCGCCUCCGCGGGGACCCCUUCGGGCAGGAGUCGCUUGGCGAGGGCCAGCGGCAGCGGAACAAAGUUGGGGACCCGCGAGGAUGAGGCUAUCCCCGGAGCCGCUGAGGCUGAGCCGGAGUCCGGGGCUGCUGGCCCUGGCGCUGCCCCUGGCGGUGGCGCUGGCCUUCUCCGACGAGACCCUGGACAAAGUGCCCAAGUCGGAGGGCUACUGCAGCCGCAUUCUGCGCGCCCAGGGCACACGGCGCGAGGGAUACACUGAGUUCAGCCUCCGCGUGGAGGGCGACCCCGACUUCUACAAGCCGGGAAUCAGCUACCGCGUGACACUUUCAGCUGCUCCUCCCUCCUACUUCAGAGGAUUCACAUUAAUUGCCCUCAAGGAGAACAGAGAGGGUGAUAAGGAAGAAGAUCAUGCUGGAACCUUCCAGAUCAUAGACGAAGAAGAAACACAGUUUAUGAGUAACUGCCCUGUUGCUGUCACUGAGAGCACCCCCAGGAGGAGGACUCGGAUCCAGGUGUUUUGGAUAGCGCCACCAGCAGGAACAGGCUGUGUGAUUCUGAAAGCCAGCAUCGUACAGAAACGCAUCAUUUAUUUUCAAGAUGAGGGCUCUCUGACCAAGAAACUUUGUGAACAAGACUCUACCUUUGACGGGGUGACUGACAAACCGAUCUUAGACUGCUGUGCCUGUGGAACUGCUAAGUACAGACUCACAUUUUAUGGGAACUGGUCUGAGAAGACGCACCCAAAGGACUACCCUCGUCGAGCCAAUCACUGGUCUGCGAUCAUUGGCGGAUCCCACUCCAAGAAUUACGUGCUGUGGGAGUACGGAGGAUAUGCGAGUGAAGGAGUCAAGCAAGUUGCAGAGCUGGGCUCACCAGUGAAAAUGGAGGAAGAAAUUCGACAACAGAGUGAUGAGGUCCUCACCGUCAUCAAAGCCAAAGCCCAGUGGCCAGCCUGGCAGCCUCUCAACGUGAGAGCAGCACCCUCGGCUGAAUUUUCUGUGGACAGAACACGCCACUUAAUGUCCUUCCUGACCAUGAUGGGCCCCAGCCCCGACUGGAACGUGGGCUUGUCGGCAGAGGAUCUGUGCACCAAGGAAUGUGGCUGGGUCCAGAAGGUGGUGCAAGACCUGAUUCCCUGGGAUGCCGGCACCGACAGCGGGGUGACCUAUGAGUCUCCUAACAAACCUACAAUCCCCCAGGAGAAAAUUCGGCCCUUGACCAGUCUGGACCACCCUCAGAGUCCUUUCUAUGAUCCAGAGGGUGGAUCUAUCACUCAAGUAGCCAGAGUCGUCAUCGAGAGAAUCGCCCGGAAGGGGGAACAGUGCAAUAUUGUACCUGACAAUAUCGAUGACAUUGUAGCAGACCUGGCUCCAGAAGAGAAAGACGAAGAUGACACCCCUGAAACAUGCAUCUACUCCAACUGGUCCCCGUGGUCCGCCUGCAGCUCCUCCACCUGCGACAAGGGCAAGAGGAUGCGGCAGCGCAUGCUGAAGGCACAGCUGGACCUCAGUGUCCCCUGCCCUGACACCCAGGACUUCCAGCCCUGCAUGGGCCCCGGCUGCAGCGAUGAAGACGGCUCUACCUGCACCAUGUCGGAGUGGAUCACCUGGUCGCCCUGCAGCAUCUCCUGCGGCACGGGCCUGCGCUCCCGGGAGAGGUAUGUGAAGCAGUUCCCAGAGGACGGCUCCGUGUGCACACUCCCCACCGAGGAGACAGAGAAGUGCACGGUCAACGAGGAGUGCUCUCCCAGCAGCUGCCUGACUACUGAGUGGGGCGAGUGGGACGAGUGCAGCGCCACCUGCGGGAUGGGCAUGAAGAAGCGGCACCGCAUGGUCAAGAUGAGCCCAGAAGACGGCUCCAUGUGCAAGGCUGAGACAUCGCAAGCCGAGAAGUGCAUGAUGCCCGAGUGCCACACCAUCCCAUGCUUGCUGUCCCCGUGGUCCGAGUGGAGUGACUGCAGCGUGACCUGUGGAAAGGGUAUGAGGACCCGCCAGCGGAUGCUCAAGUCUCUGGCCGAACUGGGAGACUGUAAUGAGGAGCUGGAGCAGGUGGAGAAGUGCAUGCUGCCUGAAUGCCCCAUUGACUGUGAGCUCACCGAGUGGUCCCAGUGGUCAGAAUGUAACAAAUCAUGUGGGAAAGGCCACAUGAUUCGAACCCGGAUGAUCCAGAUGGAGCCUCAGUUUGGGGGAGCUCCCUGCCCAGAGACUGUGCAGAGAAAAAAGUGCCGCGUCCGGAAAUGCCUUCGAAAUCCAUCCAUUCAAAAGCUGCGCUGGAGGGAGGCCCGAGAGAGCCGGAGGAGUGAGCAGCUGAGGGAAGAGUCUGAUGGGGAGCAGUUUCCAGGCUGUAGGAUGCGCCCAUGGACAGCCUGGUCAGAAUGCACCAAACUAUGCGGAGGUGGGAUUCAAGAACGCUACAUGACUGUAAAGAAGAGGUUCAAAAGCUCCCAGUUUACCAGCUGCAAAGACAAGAAGGAGAUCAGAGCAUGCAACGUUCACCCUUGUUAGCAAGGGUCCAAGCUCUCCAGGGCUGCACUCUAGAUUCCAGAGUCACCAACGGCUGGAUUGUGUUUGCUUGUUUGUUUAAGGCAAAUUAAAUUGUGUACACUAGUUUUCAUUUCUGCAGUGUGGUUCGCCCAAUAGUCUUGUGGAUGCAAGGGGCAUCCUUUCUGAAUACUUCUUGGUGGGUACAGGGUGAGUGGCGCUCCUUCACCCUCAGUGGGCCCUCCUGCACGGAAGUGAGUAGUGUCAGCCACCUUGUACUAAACUGAAACAUGUCCUUCUGGAAAAUCCACCUGGGCAGGCAGAACAGAGACCUUGGCCUCCUCCACAUGGAGAGGCAGUUUUGUCUAGAAGUGACUCUGUGCCUCGGUCCCAGGGUGCAGCAGGUAGGAAACAUUUCCCGUUGGUCGAUGAGCGAAGAUUCCCCUCAUCCUCACCUUGGCCUGCCCACUCUUCCAGGAAUGUUUGCUUGCCCAUCUCUUUUCCUUUGGUGAGAUUUUAGGUUCCUUGUUAAAUCUCCUCAGUCAUCACUGGUUCUUGGGAGAAACAGAGCUGGUAGGCUUGAAAAGCAGCAGUGAUGUUGGGUGGCUUUCCUUUCCCUGAGAAUUUCUAAACACACUUACAUCACUCCCCAAUAGGGGUACCUGAUACCCAAAAGAGGGAGGGGAAAUGAUGGCUAAAUAAUUUGAAAUAACUGAUUCUUAAUACCUGAGGUAAAAGGUACCAAGUAUAGAAAGUAUUUUUCCCUUUUUUUGCUAAUUUCUCCUAGGAAGCCAGCGUUAUGAACCUUUUGGUUCUAAAUUCUUACCGGAACCAGGGCCAAGGCACCAAAAUUGGUCUCUCUAGCAGUACCAACCCUAGCAGUUUAUAAAAAUCUGCCUACACAAAUCUAGACUUUUAAGUUUUCAAACCAGUUUCUAAUAAGGAAACUUUUUUCAGUUUAUGCAAACAUUUUAUUAAGUUUGCCCACACCCUCCCAAGCCUUUCUAUCAACAAAAACACUAGCUCUAUAUUUUAUUUUUCAGUCAUAAAAAUUUAUAUAUAGAAAAACUGUUUCACAGCCUACGACAGAAAAUGUAAGGAAAGAAAAUGGAGAAAUCAAGCUAAAUAAGGGGAGCCUGUGGGAUAUCAAACCUGCUGUCCACCUCUACGUGGCAAGGGCUCUGGUCCUCAGAUUAUCUAGAGAGAAGACUACGGGUUUUCCAUGCCCUCCUAAGUAAUCAUAAACACACCAAAUUCAGGGAGACUAACUACCAAGGAUUAGUGUAAAAGGACAUUUUACUGAGUUGAGUCCAUCAGCAGUUUUUACUUAUUCGUUUAUUGUUAAAAUUAUGCUUCAUUUUUGAUGCAGGCCUUUUUUACUGCAUAUCCAAGUAUGUACUAUGGAUGAGACGCAUACAUGCUCUGAAUACACUACUUUAAGAAUUUCUAUCAAACACAUCAAGGUAUUUCCAAACACAACAUACAUAUGCUGUAGUCCUGAAUAUGUAUUAUUCUAACACAAGACUGUUCAAUAAAAAAGUGUAUUGGUCUAUUUUUCACGUUUGUAAGCUAAUUAAGUGUUCAGAAGUUUCAGAUUUUUUUGCUAUGUUGUCCACCUCAAUCACUUUCAGUAAAAGAGAGGCUUUUACUUCCUCAUUCUCAAGGAGCAUUUCCAUACUGUGAGCUUCCCGGAGCUGGGACUUGUUUCCAACGUUACUUUUUAAUUCUUAAUUGGAUUGCUUUUUCCUCCCCAAAGAAGCAUAAUAUGAACAGUGUUUGAUUUUCUACUUGGACAAAAAAAAGUUCUGACAUAGCCUCUGCCCACUUUUGCAACAUUACUCUCAGCUGUCUAGAUACACACUUAUUCUUAACUCUUGAAGUUCCUGUAAGACAGCGAUUUCUAAGUAACUCUAAGGACAAGCCAUCCUAGUGUUGCAUAUUCCUAUUUGGCCCCUGUUGGGUACACUUUAAAUCUAACUUCGGCAACUUAAAACCAGGUAUAUAAUGACUGAGAAAGGGUAACACCAAGAUAUGAAUCUUAUGCCACAUAAAUGUCGUUUUUUGUUCACAAUAGGGAAUUUUAAGUGUCAAAUCUCUUUCUUACCAAAGUCUUAUGUUAGGUGAUUUGUAGUUUUUCUGGCUAACCAUUUGUUUUGGAAAUGAAGACUUUUUUUUCACUACAAAAAUGGACUUCCACUUGAGACAGCAAACAGGUGAUAAGGUACCCAGUAAAAGCUGCCAUGUAAGAAGGGCUUAAAAUGGUUGUAGAUAUUUUUAUCAAUGCCAAACCAGUUGUAAUCCAAUUCGCAUCUACAUUUUAAGAUGAAAAUAAGAAGUUCAGAGAUAUAUUUCCCAACCAGACAUUGGGUCACCUACCUGUCACCUGGCCAAUGUAUUAUUUGAAGGAAAUCUGUUGUAGCCAAUUAAAUAAAACUGGGCUUCUUUAGACCCAGAAUUGAAAAUGUUACCAAGAUUUUGUGCUGUUUUUAAUUUGAACUUUGUGUAUUAAACAUGUUUUAGGCA